ACUACACUCAACUACAUAGACUUUGUGGUCACUCUGCUCAUCCCCUUCUGCCUGAUCGUCGUGCUCAACACCCUGAUCAGCAAGACAGUGUGGAGACUAGCGCGAGUGAGGAGGUCUAUGACUAACUCUGGCAAGUCAGAAGUCAACAAUAUCGGUCCGGUGGGGGUGAAGCGUCCGAUCCUCGCCCGAUCCCAGUCCAAACAAGCGUCUUCUUCUCAGACUAAAGUGACAGAGAUGCUGUUGGUUGUGUCUUCAGUGUUUAUAUGUCUGAAUCUUCCCUCGUACGUCAUCAGAGUCUGGGUGUUCGUCAACGAGGCUAUACAGACAGAGACGGUGAGCGAAAUAGUGAUACUUCAGCACUACUUCAACCUCCUCUUCAACACCAACUUCGGCAUCAACUUCGCUCUCUACUGCGUGUCCGGCCAGAACUUCAGGAGAGCGCUCAUCUCUCUGUUCUGUCCGCGCAUGCGCAAACGCCAGGACACCACGCAGGUCACAGUGGUGUCAGAAUAUACCCGUUCCGCCGGGUCCCUGUAUCGCCGCAGAACUGUUACAUUGAACAACGGUUCCUGGAGGGACAACCACGAGUUGUUGCCGAUCACGAAGUAAACAUGACACAACACAAAACAUAACGAAGUUUGGCUGUGGUAGAAAUUAAUGUCAAUGACUAACGCUAAUGUGUAUAUAGUUUAUGUGAAUAAAUGGGGAACGUAUACGUCACGAUGGUAAAUUGAAAGAUAGAGAUUACUUUUUUACAAUUUUAAUAUUGAAGUGUAUUGUUCUUUAAUGUGGAUGUGAUUCAUUAUGGAUUGUAUGUGUAGAUAAUUGUUAUGUGAAGGGUAGGAAACUCAAAUAUUGUUUUGUAAGAUAAACCUUUCAUAGUUUUCGACAAGAAAUCGUAUGAACGUAAUGUUUGGCCUCGUGUUUUAAUUGGAUUUCCUAAAGUAUUGUCAGCAAAACUAUUUUGAUAUGUUAUUUGUA